CUGCGAGAAUCGCCGCAGCCUGCGCUAGAGGCGUAAGCGGGGAGGACUUUGCUCCAGGGCCUCCGGUGGUAGCGGCGCGGAGAUCGCGCGCUCUCGUCCUGCAGCCGCCAUGGCUGCCCCGGGGCCGGCCCGGCUCCUCCAGGCUGCUGCCGCCGCUUCCUCCCGCCGCUGGCUCUUCUCUGCCUCGCUAGCAGCCGGGACGAGGCCAGCCUGCGGCAGCGCGGCCGCUGCCGUGAGGGCAGCCCGGCUGUUCAGCCUCUCUGCCCGGGCAGUGCUCAGCUCAGAAGAGAAAAUAACUGUUCAUUUCAUUAACCGUGAUGGUGACAAACUAACAGCCAAAGGAAAACCUGGGGAUUCACUGCUGGAUGUUGUUGUUGAUAAUAAUCUAGACAUAGAUGGUUUUGGUGCAUGUGAAGGAACACUAGCAUGUUCAACUUGUCAUUUAAUCUUUGAAGACCACAUAUUUGAGAAGCUAGAUACAAUUACUGAUGAAGAGAUGGACAUGCUGGAUCUGGCAUAUGGCCUCACAGAAACAUCGCGUCUGGGCUGCCAAAUCUGCUUGAAGAAAUCGAUGGAUAAUAUGACUGUUCGAGUACCAGAAGCUGUUGCUGAUGUUAGACAAUCAGUAGAUAUGAGUAAAAACUCCUAAAAAAAAAAGGAUCUUAGGGGUUUUAAAGAAGCUUAAUUAUUUUUAUAACUUAUUUUUAAAUGUGUAAUUAAAUACGGGAACUUACAUAAUUGUGAGUUAUUUUAUAUGACUACCGAUAUUAGAUUAAUGCUAUUUUAAUUUUCUUUAUAGAACCUCCUAUAUUUUUACGCUUAAAACGCAAUAAUACUUCUUACAAGUGAUCACUGGGUUAUAAACAUUAGCAAGUAAAUUGCAGACUUCCUACAACAUCUUUCUGUCAAAGCCUUUAAUGACAUUUGAAAAGUGGAUCACUUCUACAAGACUUCCCUUAGAACCCCCUGGGCAUUUCUAGGUUUCAGACCGGGAUAGGCAAGAGAACAAAGCUUGUAAGACUGCAUGGGGUCUGUGAAAGUGUUUCAUUAAAGAUGGUAUGCUCAGAGCUCCUUCAGGUUCUCAGUAAAUACGAUGGUUCCUCAACCAGUCGUGGUUUUUCAGGGUAGGGAUUUCCCAAACUUUGAGAUCCCAAUGAGAUAUGGCAAUUUUUGUCUUGCAAAAAAAUGUUGUUAAACUGACAAGGUGUUUAGGGACUGAUAGGGGAUGUUGGCAGCUGCAGCUUUAUUGCUGCAGUGCAUCUCUGCCCAAAUUGGAAGUCAACAAACCUCUGCUGAAUUUGUUUCGCUACAUGCCAAAUGGGAAAUGCAGAUGGUGCAGGGGAGGAGGGACUGUGGAGCUGUUGAAUGGUGGAGCCUCGCCACUGGAGGGAAACCUUAUUUAUUGCUGUUCUCUGAAGGUGGCCAAGUUGGGAUUGAGGAGUUUGUCAACAUAAGAUUUGUUCUGAAACCUUCUUCCCUUUCCCCCCUUUGAGCCUGUUCAGGAGGCAGUCUGGUGUUAGCCAAGGCCUUGGGCUUAGAGAUUCCCAGGAUCUGGGCCCUGCUCUCAGGAUCAGUUCAGUAAUGGUUGAUGAAAAAUGACCAAGUAUAUUUAUUCCCUAAAGAUGGACUAGGGACAGGGAGACCCCACAGUGGGAUAGCCCGUGGCCUGAUGAAGAACAGCUUUCUGUUGGAUCUUGGUGUAGUCUUUCUAAAGCAGACAGAAAGAAAAUACUGUCUCUAAGGGUCUUGUUCUUUCCAUUUUUUGUUGCCUAAAUAUGAAAUGAUUGUCACCAGUACAAUCAUUGCCCGUAUAAGGUUGUGUUAAUAUUUUGGGUGUAUUUAUGCAUAUAACAUGCUAAUUUACAAUUGAAUGAUCUCAUGUAUUCAUUAAUGCCUUAUUUGAACUGGUGGCAAUGACAUCUAGAUAUCUUUUCUUUUAUUAUUGUAUUUAUGGGAGAAGGGGGAAAACAUGAUUAUUUUUCCAGUGUUGAUCUUGGGAUCACUUUGAGCUUCAUGACAAGAAGAAAAAAAAAGUCUCUCUUUGUUAUAAAAAUAAAUAUUUUUUUUCCAAAACUGUAUUAAAAAUAGAUCAAGCUCAGAUUCUUUGGUUUCCUCUCUGAGCUAUUACUUUGUUUCUGGGUGUCCCCUAUGGACUUUUCCCUAAGAUGAGAUAACGCUUGGUAUGAUCUGCUCUGAACUUAAUCAUACAGGGUUUUUGGAAUGCAUUUCCUGUCUCAUCUCAUGCAAAACCUGACUUCAGAGGUGAGAUUUCCUGGCUUCUUGGGGAGAAGGACGGGAAUGAGUUGAAAUGUCUUCCUCUUCAGCUGCUAUGACUCUAAGCGUAGCUUAGAGGUUACUCUCCCACAUCCAGGCACUGAGGUAAAUCAAUUCUCCUUUUGUAUUGCCUUUGUCCUGAGUUCAUUUAUUAUAUGCUGUAAUUAUUACUGAGUCUUGAACUUUCGGUUUUUUACAUGACACAGCUCCUCAACUUCCAAGAGGGAAUUCAGGCAAUAACCAGCUGUACUAUGCAUUCCUACAUUGUAAAGAAAUCUGAGGUUUCAGUACAGCUGUGGAGUUUAGGGGUAGCUUGUGGCGCGUGUUGGGGUUUUGUUGGGUUUUUGUUUGGGUUUGUUGGUUUGGUGGUUUUGGUUUUUGUUUUUUUACAUACAGCACCAGGCACUUCCCAUGGGAGCCUUGAAAUGCUUAACACUGUGUUAAACAAAUGUCAAGCGACUCUCCUGCAACAAUUUCCUUUUUAAGCCAAGGUUGUUUUAUUGUGUUUCCUGUGGCAGCUUCUCAUGACAAAGACUUUGACUCUCCUAUAUUGUGCCUGGGGAAGGAAUUAUUUAGCACAGCAAGGCAAAAAAGGGACACUUCAGAGUUCAUUUUACCUUCUAGAGGUAUCCCACAUUGCAUGCAAAUAGAAAUCUCAGAAGGUGAAAGACUGACAUGUAGUCCUCCAAAUGCACAGCUCAGAGAUACUUGUUUCCUUAUUGUCAAAAUGAUUUGCAAAUAAAUCUCAUUUUAUACCACUUUGA